AAGAGGAAGGAAACUUGGCGUGCCGUAAGAGUGUGCAAUUAGCGCAAGCAACGCUUCUUAUCCCCGAGAAGAAAGAAGAGACGAGCACUGUUUUCUAAUGGGGCGGCCACUUGGAGAAUCAUGAGCGAUCCCAACGGACAUCAAACAAUGCCUGGAUUUCUUUCCGGUGGCGCUCAUGCGUCUCGCCGCAACCAUGCACAACAAAAAGCGCGCGUGCAUGAUUCGGGACAAAUCGGUGUGCGGUGUGCGGUGUGCCUUGAAUCUCACGGUUGCGCUUCUACUUUUCAUGAAGAACACAAAGCCCCACCCGAGCCAAGGCCCGCGGCUGUGAACACAUGUGAAAAAGCGGAGGGGGAAAAAGGAAGGUUUUUUCUCCUUUCUCAAGGCUGCCUUUGCUGCAACUGGGAGGAGACAUGGAGGGUGGCAACUUUUCUUACCACACAGCUUGAAACUACCUUUUUCCAUCAAUGCCUUCAGAUUUAGGGCAAGUAUUUCCAAUUUUUUAUGGUUAAUUUGGCUUACAGUGUUUAACCUUUAGUGUUUUGUUUGCUUAAUGUUAGUGGUUGUGGUGUGGUGUGGGUGUUGUGGACUAACUGACUUCAUUAAAAUGAAAGUAAGCCCUUUGAUGAA